AUGAACGCCAAGGAGAGGCGAGCGGCCAGACGAAAAGCCGAGCAGCAGCAGCAGCAACAGGUGGCAGAAGACCAAAAGACCGCCACGGCAGUUGCAGCUGCCGCGCCCACAUCCGGUGACCCACAUCCGAAAAAGACGUCCAACGACGGGGGCAGCAGCGCUCCACCGCCGUCACCCGCAGCGGGAGCGGCGGGAGGAACGAGCGCUAAAGAGCGCCGGGCGGCCAGGCGAGCGGCCGAGAGAGCUGCCGCGACCGAGGGUGCCGCGGCCGAGGCAGCUGCCGCGGCUCCGACCAACGCGAAAGAGCGGCGCGCCGCGAGACGCGCGGCAGCGGCGACGGAGGCGGCAGCUGAGGUGGCAGCGACGGCGGCGGCGGCGGCGGCAGGGCCAACUACGGCGAAGGAACGGCGACUGCUUCGUCGCGAGGAAGAACGCAAGAAGCGAGAGAGAGAGGGUGAAAGCAACGCCCCGCCGCCAUCGAAGCGAAGCAAAGACGCCGAAGCGGCCGGCGGCGGCGGAGGGCGCAGCAGGAACCCUUUCAUCGUGUUCGUCGGACAGCUGGCGUUCUCGACGACAGCGGAGAGGGUAGAAGAGCACUUCAGGACAAGGGGCGGCAUCGAGGGGAACAUCUCGGUGCGGCUGCUUACCCGCAAGGGCACAAACCCUCCCAAAUCGAGGGGCAUGGCCUUCCUGCAAGUAGAUGACGCCGAGAGUGCGUACCAGUGCCUUAGCCUUCAUCACAGCCGGCUCGACGGCAGGCUGCUCAACGUGGAGCGGACCAGCGGGGGGGGGAAGGAGCGGAAGGGCGAGCGCAUCCAGGAGAAGAGGGGGGAACAGAAGGAGUUCAUGAAGAGCGUCGUGCAGCGCGUGCUCGGGGAGUUCAUAACCGCGGGGAGGCUCGGGAAGACUGAGCUGGACGAAGCCGCUCAGGGAGUUCUGGAGAAAAUGGAGGCGAAGGUGAUGGAGCGAGCCGUGAAGGACUACUGCGACAAGCCGGACCGCCUCGAACUCCAGAACCCUUCGGCCUGGUUCACCCACCACGCCCACGAGCUGUGCUUCCGCUCCGACCCGGAGACCCUCGAGGCCGGCGCCCGGGACUGGCUUAACGACGAGAAGAUCAAGGCGGGAGGCCGCAACAGGGACAAGGAGAAGGCGGCCAGGAAAGCCAGAGGAGAGCGCGUCAACGGUGGCGGCGGUGGCGGUGGUGGUGGGAGGGGGAGCGGCAGCGGGUGGGUCAGCCGAGGGGGGGGGAGCCGUGUCAUGGGGCGAGGGAGGGGGGAUCGGGGGCGAGAGGGCGGUCGUGGCGGUGGCGGCGCUGAUGGCGGCUUUGAUCGUGAGGAGGAAGGUGCGGGUGGUGCUAGAGUGAAAAAAGAAGGGGCUAGGAUAAGGGCGCCCGUGGACCCGGCAUCGGACAGGGGAGGCGGAGAUGGCGGCGGAGGAGGAGGGGAGGGUGGAAAACGGCCCCCGCGGCGAGAUAAUCAGCGGGACACCCUCGGAUC